AUAUUCACAAUGCGCUUUUCACUUCCUCACCAAAAAAGCUUCCCCCUUUUCCACCACUUUUUAGAGCGAGAGAGAAACUUAGGAGUGAGAUACACACACACAGAGAUAUACCACAAAAUCUUGCUGAUAGUGAUCAUAAUUAUCAUCAUUAUCAUUCAUAGAUUUCCAGACCCAACCAAAAAAAAAAAAAGAAACCCUAAAUCUUGCAUAACACAAUUAUAUACAACAUAUAUAGAUACAGACCAGACCAAUACACACUCAUACUGUAUCUAUAUUUCUAGAGAGAGAAAGAGAGAGGGGUUUCUGAAAGCAUGCCUUGUCGGCCAUUAGAGCGAGAGAGCUUAAAUUCAUUGUUUCUUCCAUCGAUCCAGAAGAUAAUUUUAUUUUAUUUUAUUUUUUGAUUUUGUGUUUAUCAGAAAAGAAAAUCCCUUUCUGCUCUCUUAAGUGUCCAAAUACCUUUUUCCAUUUGUGCCUUUGAGCUGUUCCUUUGUUUCUGAAGCAACACAACACAGAUUUCCACCCAAUUAAUAAAAUAUAAAUAAAAUAAAAUAAAUUACAAUCACUUCUUGGGUUCAUUGCAUUUGAUUUCGAUUCCAAACCCCCUUUCUCUUUUCUCCCUUUUCUCAAAUCUCACAUGAAGAUCGAAAAAGGGUUUUCAAGAACCUUUCUUGCCAGGUUUUUUAUGCUCUAAUUUGUGAUCAGAAGCCACCAAAAGGGGGUUUGGAUUUGGGUUUAGCUGAAAUCAAGGAAUAUUUCAUCUGUUUGUCCAAAUUCGACAGUUUUAAGAUAGUGACAGUAAUGUCUAUUUUGGUUGAGCUGUUGAGGAAAGCCAUUGUUUGGGGAUUUCUAGGGUUUUUGAUGUUCGAUUUUGCCUCUGAAGCUUUGACUGACGAUGGAAUUUCUCUCCUCCAGAUGAAGAAAUCCAUUGUCGAUCCUUUCGAUUUUCUUGCCAAUUGGAAUCCAAACGACUCCACGCCUUGCUUCUGGACAGGUGUGAACUGUACCUCAUCAUCAUCGUCUUCCUCAGCAUCAUCAUCAUCGUCUUCCUCAGCAUCAUCAUCAUCGUCUUCCUCAGCAUCAUCAUCGUACAAAUCGAAGAAUCCAUUUGUCUCGUCACUGAAUUUGAGCUCCAAGAAUCUCUCAGGCACAAUCGAUUCCUCAAUCGGCAGAUUGCCCCAUCUCUCCUACCUCGACCUCUCCGACAACCGUUUCUCCGGCCGAAUUCCGACGGAAAUCGGCCAAUGUUCGAUGCUCACAACCAUUAAUUUAUACGAUAAUCAGCUCGCCGGAGAAAUCCCCGUCGAGCUCUGUAACCUCUCCCGCCUCGUGACCCUCAAUGUAUGUAAUAAUCAGCUCUCCGGUUCGAUUCCGGCGGAGUUUGGUAAGCUGUCGUCGCUCGAACAAUUCGUCGCCUAUACGAACAACAUCACCGGCCCAUUGCCGCCGUCGUUCGGCAAUCUGACGAACCUCCGGACAUUCAGAGCAGGCCAGAAUGCGAUCUCCGGCAGCCUGCCGCCGGAGAUCGGCCAAUGCCGGAGCUUAGAAACGCUCGGCCUUGCGCAAAAUGAGAUCGCCGGAAACUUGCCGAAGGAAUUAGGAAUGCUUGUGAGAUUAACCGAUUUAAUUCUUUGGGAUAAUCAGUUCUCCGGUACGAUCCCGCCGGAGCUCGGGAACUGCUCGAGCCUUGAGACACUUGCAUUGUAUCAAAACAACCUCGUCGGAGCGAUUCCGGCCGAGCUCGGAAACAUUAAGUUCUUGAAGAGGCUGUAUCUCUACCGGAAUGGAUUGAACGGAACGAUUCCGCCGGAGAUCGGAAACCUCUGUUUUUGCUUGGAAAUCGAUUUCUCCGAGAAUUAUCUCACCGGAGAAAUCCCGACUGAAUUGGCUCGAAUUGAAGGCCUAUUCUUGCUCUACUUGUUUCAGAACGAACUCGUCGGGAUUAUCCCAACGGAGCUAAGUACAUUGCGGAACCUUACGAAGCUCGAUUUGUCGAUAAAUCGGUUAACCGGGCCGAUACCGUUUGGUUUUCAGUACCUUCCAAGGAUGAGCCAAUUGCAGCUCUUUAAUAACGAAUUGAGCGGGACGAUACCCCCGAGUCUCGGGUUAUAUAGCCCUCUUUGGGUUGUCGAUUUUUCCGACAAUCAUUUAACGGGUCGAAUACCUCCGUAUAUAUGUCGCCAUUCGAAUUUGAUAUUGCUCAAUCUUGAGACGAAUGCGCUGCACGGGAGCAUUCCGUUUGGCGUUGUCAAUUGCUCGUCGAUGGUGCAGCUCCGGCUCAGCGGGAAUAAGCUGACGGGGAACUUCCCGUCGGAUGUUUGCCGAUUGAGAAAUCUCUCCGCCGUUGAACUGAGUCAAAACUUGUUCAGCGGGCCGAUACCGCGAGAAAUAGGGAACUGCCGGAAGCUGCAGAGGCUCGACGUUUCGGGGAAUUAUUUCACGUCGGAGCUUCCGAAGGAGAUCGGCAAUCUGUUGCAGCUUGUGGCUUUCAACGUGUCGUCAAACUUUUUUACGGGACGGAUACCGCGGCAAAUUCUCAACUGCAAGGCGCUACAACGGCUCGACCUUAGCCGUAACAAUCUCGUCGAUGCCAUACCGAGCGAGUUAGGUUUCCUUUCGCUGCUCGAGCGGCUGAUUUUAUCGGAAAAUAGAUUCUCCGGCAACAUUCCAGCGGCAUUGGGGAGUUUGACUCAUUUGACGGAGCUGCAGGUGGGCGGCAAUCUGUUUUCCGGCGAGAUACCGAAGGAGUUAGGGAAUCUCGCCAGCCUGCAAAUCGCGAUGAAUCUCAGCUACAACAAUUUGUCGGGGAACAUCCCGCCGGAGCUCGGGAAUCUGAUCUUGUUGGAGUACCUAUUGAUCAACAACAACCAUUUGGUCGGCGAGAUUCCGAGCACAUUCGCGAACUUGUCGAGCCUUUUAGGCUGCAACUUCUCGUACAACGACUUGACGGGACCGUUGCCUUCGGCGCAGUUGUUCCAGAAUAUGAGUACAAGUAGCUUCGUCGGGAACAAGGGACUUUGCGGCCGACCUCUCGGAAACUGCACGGAAUUGAAUUCUUUCGACAAAAGUCCCCCAAUGAUCGGAGGAUCUAUGAAUGCUCCGCAAGGGAAGAUCGUAACGAUUGUUGCCACGGUGAUCGGUGGAGUUUCGCUUGUUCUCAUUGUGUUCAUUCUAUAUUUAAUGAAGUGUCGCCCGGUCGACAUGGUCGGAUCAUUGCAAGAAAAGGACGACUCGUCCGUUGAUUCCGACAUUUACUUCCCUCCGAAAGACGGGUUCACGUUCCAAGACCUUGUCGAGGCGACGAGCAAUUUUCAUGAUGAUUUUGUGAUCGGGAGGGGGGCGGUUGGGACUGUUUACAAGGCCGUGUUGCAGUCGACGCAGAUAAUCGCUGUCAAGAAGCUUGCUUCGAACCGAGAAGGUAAUAACAUCGAGAACAGCUUUCGGGCCGAGAUUCUGACGUUGGGAAAGAUACGGCAUCGUAACAUUGUGAAGCUCUAUGGCUUUUCGUAUUAUCAAGGCUCGAAUCUUCUUUUGUACGAGUACAUGGCGAGGGGCAGCUUGGGCGAAUUGCUUCACGGCGCACCUUGCGAUUUGGAGUGGGCGACGAGGUUCAAAAUUGCUCUCGGAGCAGCCGAGGGGCUCGCUUAUUUGCAUCACGGCUGCCGGCCUAAGAUCAUUCACCGCGACAUAAAGUCGAACAACAUAUUGCUUGAUGAGAACUUCGAAGCUCAUGUCGGAGAUUUUGGUCUUGCGAAGGUGAUCGACAUGCCCCAAUCCAAGUCGAUGUCCGCUGUCGCCGGAUCAUACGGUUACAUCGCACCCGAAUAUGCGUACACGAUGAAGGUGACGGAAAAGUGCGACAUCUAUAGCUACGGCGUGGUCCUCCUAGAGCUACUCACCGGGAAAACUCCGGUGCAACCACUCGAACAAGGAGGCGAUCUCGUGACAUGGGUACGGAAUUACAUUCGAGACAAUUCAUUGUCGCACAAGAUACUAGAUAACCGUCUCGAUUUGAAAAACGACACCACGGCUAGCCACAUGAUCACCGUGCUGAAAAUCGCGCUUAUGUGCACGAGCAUGUCGCCGUUAGAACGGCCAUCCAUGCGCGAGGUCGUGCUGAUGCUGCUCGAAUCCAACGACCAAGAAGGCCUCGGAGUUUCGCCGUCCGACGACGACGACAAUCGGAAAGAUGAUCCCUUGUGAUCCAAUGUAUGUAUGAUUUUUCUAGCAGGGUUUAUUAACUGAUUAGCUUUUUGAAGUAUGAAGCCUCACAUUAGAUCAACCUUACACUUGAGGAACCCUAGAAAUUUAUGUAAAUUUUUCUAGAAAAAAUAUUGGUUAUGUUUAUACAGAUAGAUCUUAUUAUUGUAAAUUUUGUCUUGUUAAUAUGUUUUCUAAAUUUAUAUGAUUUUUGUUUAUUUUGAA